AUGACGGAGGAUAUCCAGCAUCUAGUUCAAUGGACUACACGUUCUGGAGCUUACCUUCAUCCUGAUGUUGAGAUUUACAAAGAUGCAGUCACAGGAUUAUCGUUCAAGGCGCAAAAAACGAUACCUCCUCAAACAAGUAUUGUACGAUGCUCAUACCAAAUUUCUCUAUCAUAUCUGAAUGCAGUUGGCAAUUAUUCCCAAUUUCCAUCUACGGAACCAUUUCCUAUUGAGUUCCUAGAGACUCUAAAGCAAGAUGAUCCUAAUAUCAUCGGUCACUUUUUCCUCAUGCAGCAAUAUCUGAAGUGUGAGAAAUCUCCAUGGUGGCAGUAUAUCAGAUUACUUCCCCAACCAGGUGAUCCCAAAAGCCUUGGGAUUCCUAUCUGGUGGCCAGAGGAAGACCAGAAAUUCCUCGCUGGGACAAACGCAGGACCUCCGCUUCAGAAGCGAGAACAGAUGUGGAGAGAUCAGUGGAAGAAGGGAGUUGUGCUUCUGAGAGAAUUGCCAAAUCAUAAAGAAUACAGUUAUAUCUUGUAUCAAUGGGCUGCUACUAUAUUUGAUAGUCGAAGUUUUCGGCCGUCCUUGACAAUUUGUCCCGAAGCACUGAGCGAGAGCUCUAAAGAGAUGGAUCUUAAUCUAGACCAUGUUCGCAAUGAUAGAUUUUCGAUCCUUUAUCCUCUAGUUGAUAUAGGCAAUCAUAAUGGCAUUAAUCAGGUAGAGUGGAAGAAAGAUCUUAGCUCCAACUCCUUCGAUCUAGUUCAUUCUGCCGGCGUCUCGGAAGGAGAUCAAAUUUACAAUUAUUAUGGAAACAAAUCAAAUAGCGAAUUGCUACUUGGCUACGGUUUUAUUCUUCCAAACGAUAUUGUGAAUCGGAAUGUUGUCAAUCUCAAACUGACCCCAGGCCCUGAUGCUAUCCAAUUGCGCAGAAGUCAAAAUUGUCACGUCCCUCCGAAUCCAAAGCAGCCCGAGGAGGAAUUUAUGUUUGCUGUACAACCUCCAUCUACAAACAAACUAUCAGAUUCUCGAGUUGUAGAAUUUCACGGUUUCGAAGAAGGUCUUGUAGAUUUAGUUUGCUGCAUGGUAGUAAACGAACGAGAGCGUUCAUACAUGUUGAAGCACCCAGAAAUAUGUCCGGAAAAAAUUGCACAGCCGUUCAAAAGUCCUUUGUAUCGAGCGCUACUCCAUGCAAUUUUCAUUAUUCAGUCCAAGCUCUCAUACGAAAUUGAGAGGAUUGAGCAAACCGGUGCGACUCUAGGGUAA